CUUUGGGUCCUUCCUUAGUGAUCCAAUGGAUAUGGACAAAUGAUGCCAGCUGCCAUGUUUGAUGUUGUUAGCUUUGUGUGCUUCAAGUUUUCUUUGUGUGUGUGUGUUUUUUUGGAGAAUUUAAUGGCUUCAAGUAAAGAAUUUAAGACAAUGGGUUCUUCAAAUCCAGCUCUUGAAGUGUCGGUUUCUUUUGGUAGAUUUGAGAAUGAUUCACUUUCUUGGGAAAAAUGGUCGACUUUCUCCCCAAACAAGUACUUGGAAGAGGUCGAGAAAUGUGCAACUCCGGGAUCGGUUGCUCAGAAAAAAGCUUACUUUGAAGAACAUUACAAGAAGAUUGCUGCAAGGAAAGCUGAGCUACUGGCUCAAGAGAAGUCUGAUGAAGGAGAUCCGGUUCGAAAAUCGAAUGGCGAUGAAGGCGAUAAGCAAGAAAUUAACUUGUUAAGUGAGGUUAAUGAUGUUCAGGAGCCUGAAACUGCAAAAAAAUAUCAAGAUUCAUGGGUUGAGGAAUUGAAGGCGAGAAUAAAUAGCAUGGUAGAAAAUGAAGAGAAACAAGGAACAAUGGGUAGCAUAGUGGAAAGUCCUGUGAUAAAUGCACCAGAAGAGGCCUUUGUGGUGAAGAAGGAAAUGGAAACCCCUUCAAAGGGGUCUCAAGAUGUUGUGCAGUUAUCAUCGAGAUCGGAAAAUGUCAUCGAAAGCACUCCCGAGAUUAAAGAUAAAAACUUGAAAUCGGGCCAAUCUGCAAAAUCUCAUAAGAUCACAGCAGUGAAUAAGGAGAGAAAUGAUUUGAGGAUGAAGAAGAAACCUGCCUCGCCUGUGACUAAAACACCACAACUUUCUACAUCUAGAGCAUCAAAGACAACAUUAACUCUUACCACAAAGUCUGCUUUGAGAACUCAAUCGAAAACGGAAACUACAUUAUCUUAUUCUUCCACCAAGAUCAAGGAUUCUUCUGUGGAACAAAGCAAGAAAGUGGCUCCUAGAUCCUUGCACAUGUCUCUUAGGUUAGAUCCCUCGAGCCAUGACCCGGCUUCCCUUCCUGCAACAAGGAAAUCUUUAUUUAUGGAGAAAAUGGGAGAUAAGGACAUUGUCAAGCGAGCAUUUAAGACAUUUCAGAGUAAUUACAACCAACUGAAACCUUCCAGUCAGGAACAAUCUGCAGCAGCAAAACCGGUGCCUGCAAAGGGAAGAGAAUCAAGGGUUCCCACUUUGAAGACUCCGCAAAAGGAGAAUGGAGGGUCUUCUAAAGUUAGUAGCAUGGAGAAAAAGAAUGCUAAGGCUGCUCCAUCUUAUUCUGGCUUGAAAAGUGAUGAAAGAGACGAGAGAAAAAAGGAGUUCUCCAAGAAACCGGAAGGAAAAUCCAACGAUAGGGAAGCAGCGAGAAGAUAUCUGCAGACAAAAUCAAAGGAUAAUAGAGAUGCAGAGAUCAAAAAGUCAAGGCAGAACCUUAAUUUUAAAGCUACACCUCUGCCUGGUUUUUAUCAUGGACAGAGAACAUCAAAAAGCCCUCUCGAUAAGAUUGGUUCCAAGAGUGACAUCCAUCGGUAACCUGGCUUUGUUGGGUCAAUAAACCGGGCAUCAUAUACAACUUGGGAGGAAAUACCAAUAACGUUUUUCUAUUUAUAAAAAAAGGACGGAAACAUAAGAGCUACAUCAGCUUCUGAGGCUGACUACGUUGCCGGGCAAGGAAAGGUAUAUCUGAAGGCAUGUUUUUCAUUGAGGAUGCAUAUGCCAUGAUAUA